GGAGGAGCCCACUGUCUCAUUGAGAUUGAGGGGGGAGUGGAUGAAGGUCGGCCGGAUAGAAGGAGGGCAGUGCUCUGGGGAGGAAUCCAUUGGGAAGGAGGAGUCAUACUCUGCUGCACGACCGCUGCCUGAAUGUGACAAUUAACCUCCACGCACGCUCACGCACGGGACAUCAGGCGCAGGUGCGUGGAGUCGCUCCCACGCAGCUGAGCGAGCCUCCGUUGAUGACGGGACGCUGGCGCCUUUGGAGGCAAAAGCGCCAAACUACAGCAAGGCGAGGAGGAGAGAGGAUAGCGUGUGUGUUUUUAGCCCCCCCACCACACCGCCACCAACCUCCACUCCUCUCCACGGGACAACAUGCACGCCGGAGUGGGAUUUCGCUUGUCUUAUUCCCCCGCUGAAUUGAAUCGUAGUGCAACUGAAAUGAGGACCGCAUCUCGACUGGGUUCCUUGUAAAUAAAUAAAUAAAAAAAAACAAAAAAAAACAAAAAAAAACGGCGAUCAGGGCGCCUUUUCCUUCGGCUAAUUUCAAGGACGGCGGCCAAGACAAAUAUAUAAAUUAGGAGAAUAAAAGUGGCCGAGCGGCGAGGAGAAAAAAGCCAUGGAGCAGGACGACACCGUGAAGGCAUCCAAGAAGAAGAAGAGCAUCAUGGCGAAGAUGUUUAAAGUUCGCAAAAGGAGGGAGAUGCUGUUUGUACAGGUGUGCUUCAUCUGCAGUGCCCUCUUCGUGGCGUGGGCCAUGUCGGCGCUCUUGACCAAAACAGGUCACGGCAUGAUAAUGGAGGACCAUACCAACCUGGAGCACUGGGGGAGGCGGCUAAUGGCAUUAGAUGCCGAAAACGAAACCGAGCCCAAGAACUGUUCAUCACCAGCAAUACACGAGUUCCCCGAUGACCUUUUCACCAACAACGAACGAAAGAGCGGUGCCAUCCUGCUGCACAUUGCGGCGGCCCUCUACAUGUUCCUGGCCCUCGCCAUCACGUGCGACGAGUAUUUUGUGACGUCACUGGAGAAAAUAUGUGAGAAACUACAUCUUAGUGAAGAUGUCGCCGGCGCCACCUUUAUGGCUGCUGGCAGCUCUGCGCCUGAGCUUUUUGCUUCAGUCAUUGGUGUCUUCAUCACCCAUGGAGAUGUGGGGGUGGGAACCAUUGUUGGCUCAGCUGUCUUCAACAUUCUUUGCAUCAUUGGAGUGUGCGGUAUCUUUGCUGGACAGGUGGUAAUGCUGACUUGGUGGGCAGUUUUUCGAGAUUCCUUCUACUACAUCCUGUCUGUUAUAGCUCUUAUAGCAUUCAUCUAUGACGAGAAGAUUGUAUGGUGGGAGAGUCUUGUGCUGGUGGUCAUGUAUGCAGGAUACAUUUUGGUCAUGAAAUUCAAUUCCAGCAUGCAGGCUUUCUUCAUGGGCAAUUCCAAAAAGAACGUGGCCAAUGGUAACGCGGCAACCAGCAGUGAAAUGGAGGAUGGUAAUGCAUCUCAUUAUUGGGAUGAUGACCCGUCAGUGCCCUUGCUCGGAAAAGUGAAGCCCACCAAGGCUUACAGCCGUGGCUCCGUGGUGAUGGUGGACGAGAUCAUGAACGCCAGCCCUUCCAAGUUUCGCUUUCCCGAAGCGGGUCUGCGGGUCAUGGUCACCAGCCACUUUGGACCAAAGACACGCCUGCGCAUGGCAAGCCGCCUCAUCAUCACAGAGCGCCAGAAGUUGGUCCAGGCAGCAAAUGGCGUGGAGACACAAGUGAUUGAUGGCAAGACGGACAUUGAGAAUGGGAACUUGCCAGAGGACAAACCCGCCAGGGAGGAGGACGAGGAAAGCGGCAUCUCCCCGUUUGGUGUUCCUAAGGGAUGUGGCAACAAGAUCAAGUGGCUGAUCUCAUGGCCUCUACUCCUCUUGCUUUUCCUCACCGUCCCAAAUUGUGGCAAACCACGCUGGGAGAGAUGCUUCAUGGUCUCCUUUAUCCUCUCAACUGUCUGGAUUGCAGUCUUCUCCUACUUGAUGGUCUGGAUGGUGACUAUAAUUGGCUACACUUUGGGAAUCCCGGACGUCAUCAUGGGUAUCACCUUCCUGGCAGCAGGCACCAGCGUCCCCGACUGCAUCGCUAGUCUCAUUGUGGCUCGCCAAGGUUUGGGAGACAUGGCUGUGUCCAACACUAUUGGAAGUAAUGUGUUUGACAUUCUAGUGGGACUUGGCGUCCCCUGGGCGCUCCAAACCAUGUGUGUGGACUACGGAUCAGAGGUGAUGAUUAACAGUCGAGGACUUGUGUAUUCAGUGGUACUUUUGCUGGGAUCUGUGGCCCUUACUGUCCUGGGCAUUCACCUGAACAAAUGGCGUCUGGACCUGAAGCUGGGCAUAUAUGUUCUCGUCCUGUAUGCAGUUUUCCUCUGCUUUUCGGUCAUGAUCGAAUACAAUGUCUUCACCUUUGUAAACCUGCCCAUGUGCUUUGAGGACUAACACUUGCCAUGCAGCAGCAGGACACCAAAAAACAAGCCCAAAAGUAUCCCCCACUUCUCUUCCUUCCAUAAUACUGGAGUUGGACCUCCUUCUUUUAUUUAGUCCCAAGUCUGUCCACGAGAUGGCACACUUGAGUCGUUCUGCCUCUUGUCCCUGCUCACUCAGUGCCAGUCCUUGAUGCGUUUUUGGAGCACUGCUGUCCACCUUUUUACUGUGUCCAUCCUUUAGCAUGCCUAGGCUGGGGAUAAAAAAAAAUGUACCAAUGUCCCUUCUCCAUUAUUGCCAUGUUGUCACUUUAUUGACAGAAUCCAUGCAAGGUUUACCAAGAACUCCAGGACCCAAAGAGACAAGCACACUUUUUUUUUUAAUUUUUCAAAUGCCGUUCCUUAGAGGAGGGCCUUGUCCUUGGCAGCUCCCCUUCUCCAACCUCCACCAGGAACUCAAAACUCUGUCCUUCAAAAACCGUCUGCAAACUUUUCGCACCUAAGUCGACUUAAAACAUUUUUUUCAGGUCUGUUUGGAAAGCGUCAGUCCAAACUGGCAAACUUUUGAGGUGUUAUGCAUAUGCAGCACUGCACAACGUUGAACUGUUGUAUACACAAUUUUCUUUUUGCAUUUAUUUGUUUUCAAAAAUCUUUUGUGAAUUAUGGAGGAAGACUUUGUUGCAACUAUCUUUCACCCUAAGCAACUUUGUAUGUGAGACUGCUGCUUGUGCAGGAUGGAGAUGUUGAACAGCCGCCGCAGGGCGUCGUGUUCAAUCAGCCACAACUCGUUGCUCUCCUCGAUGCACAACUUCAGAAGAACCAUCUCCGGAUCUGUCUGAUGGAUUUUUAUUUUUUUUGCCGUCAAUAUUUGGAACAAAGGAACCAGAUGGAUUGCUCCUUGUCGUCUAUCUGCUUGACCGCCCCCCUGGCCAAUAAGGGGGUGCCAAUUACAGCCACCAGUGAUCAGGGACAGCUCUUUUGGAGGGGGCUAUCGCGUUGAUGUGUGAGUUGUAUGUAGAUACUGCACUUUAACAACCAUCGUCUCUUUCUGAAUCAACUAGUGCUUCCUUUGGGGCGUAUGUGUGAUGCGGGUGUGCAUGUGUGCCCUCACUCUGGGUCCACAAACUGGAGCCGAUGGAAUACAAUGAGCACACCCACCUCUUGUCUGCAGUGCAUGCUGGGAUGUUAAAUGCAGUUCCCCCCGUGUACAGGCAUCUCUAUGGCAACUGCCUGGUCCAGUUUUACACAAAAAAAAAGAGAACAAAGUCAAAUCGGCAGCUACACAGCAAUUUGUUGCAAAAUUGCGAGCUAUGAGCCGAGCUACAGAGAAUUAUGACAAAUGGUGAGGUGGGUAAUAUUUCUGUGCCACACAUGGCGGCAGGCACGUGUAUAUGCAAUCUCAAUGUCAUGACUUGUGCGUGCGUGCGUGACAUGAGGCCCCUGCCAGGUCGCUAUGAUGUUGUCUGUCUAGUACUAAAUGUGUGAGCUCACAGGUGUGCGUUUUUUGUUUCUUUCGUUCUGAUUGCUGUUGAACUGAGCCAAAGGAUGGACAAUACGGUCCCCUUUAUAACAAAGGGGCAGACGCAACGUGAGGAAUCUUUUUGUUUUUGUUUGGACUAUGUCACUUUAAGAGGACCUGGAUGAGAGCACUUAGGGACAAACAAAGUUGGACCCCCCCUAGAUGCUCCUCCAUUUGUAUGCUGGAUGGAGGUGACCACAAAGGGCCCAUCUGUAGAUACACCUUAUUGUCUGGAAGCAGCACUGUACUCGUUUUGAGUCCAAAGGUGCAUUUUUGUGUCAUUUUCUUUCGUUCUUAAAGGCUGCUCUGUGCAGUCCUAUCUUGGUUGCCAGGUUGGAGUUUUGUCCUCCUUGUUAAGCUUGCAUUUGUUAGCAAGUCUUUCAUUUUUCUGGAGGAAGAAGAGGGAAAAGUAACAACGUUUUUGAUGCAGUCCUGUGUUCCAAACUAUAGCACGUGCCGUGCAAAGUUGGUUAAAACACAGCCAGACUUGUGUAUUUCUUUAAUUGAAUGCGACCUAAUGCACUGUGAGCUCAAUGUGAUGUGGGAGUUGUUGUCACCAAUAACUAAUGAUUAACAAAAAAUAUUUAAUGUAAAGUUAGUUACCAACAAAAUAAGUAAAAAAAAAAAAAAUACUGUAUAACUUAUAUGAAUGUAUUGUCUUGCUAUACUGGACAUAUCCAACCAAUGCAUUUUACUGUAAAGCAAUAAUGUGAAGAAAAAAAAAUAAAUAAAAUGGCAACAUUGUUCCUGUACAGUUGUUUCCCAAGUUUUUGCUUCACUAGUGAAAUCCAAACCAUUUGUCAGUUCUAUAUUAAGAAUCUGUCCCUAUCUUAACUGAAAAACAACUUGGACUAUACUAUUCAGUCUGUCCUUAUUUCAGGGAGAGUUGUUACUGCAGAAUAAUGAUACUCAACUAUGCUAACAUUGAACUUUCCACCAAAGAGGCUUGUCAUCAGGUCCCUUCCUGAUUCAAGGAUGAUGAUGCGUUUUAAUUUCAAGCAUGCACAAAGAAACAAAUACAGUAUAAUUCAAAAAUAAUUAUUUGCACCCGAAAAGGAGUGGUAAGAUUUAUUUAUUUUUUAAAUCCCACCCAGAUCACAUUGUCCAGCAUCCUUAUUUCGUGGGAUACUCCUGUCCACACAAUGAAAGAAAAGAAAAAGAAAACAAAAGCAACUAAUCUAAUAGACAACCAACUAGUUGGCUCAUUAACAUUAACAUUAACAUUUUUAUUACAUGCACCAAUUUACAAGAACAGCAACACACAUUGUCGGCAAAUGUCAUUAUACUGUGACCAAACCAUAUUUUUUAUACAACAAUUUUUGGAUAUUUUGACAAAGCUUUAAGUGAUUGUCUAAAUUGUUCGAGUUUCACUCCACAUACACACAUAAAGGUUUGAGAGUUGUUCGAAAUCUGCGUAACAUAAAAUUUC